AACAUGUGCUUUGCAGAUCAAUGCUACUUUUUGUGUUGCUUUUUUCAGUAAUGCCAAAAUGUUGGAGGGUAGGAGCUAGCAGGCGCCGCAGUAUUGUGCAUGCCGGAGAUAUGAAUGACAGCACGUGUAUAUGUAACUAUCGUCACAAGAUGAGGGCCAGUACAAAAUUGAAUUAUGGAGUGACGUGUGCUCGUAAUGAAAUUAGUUAAAGUCUUUGCUAGAUAGAUUUAUUCGUGACAAGAGGGGGAACAUAAACAUAUGACGUGGAGUUAUGUAUUUGGGUACGCCGACGAAGUCAAAAAAUCGAAAUGGUGAACGAAGCAGACGUGCAACUGCAGAAUCAUUUUUUGUUACGAAUAUGUAUUUUUAUGGGCGAGAACUAUGUUUUGUUUUGGCGAUUAUCAUCACUACGUACGCUGCACUACAAAAUGCGCCUCCAAAGAUUUCAAAAAGCCCUCCAGCAGUACCAUUUUUUCCACGUACUUCGCUAGUUGCUGACUUCUUCCAGGGAAACUUAAUGUCAGCUUUUCAACGGAUUGCUGAAUGUGAUGUCUCUUUCAUAAUGUACUAUGCUCCAUGGGAUGCCGAAAGUCAAGUAUUACGUGACCAGUUUAAGGCCAUCACUCAGUUUUACUACCGACAGGUGUACUUUGCUGCAAUCAACUGUUGGCAGCCUCGAAGUGAAUGCCGCCAGUAUUUCACAAAAUUGGUACACUUUCCAGUAUUCAUAGCUUACACACAGCAUGGAAAAGGAAUACAAUAUCGAGGGCCAAAACAUGCAGCAAAUAUGGCACGUUUCUUGACAAACGUUAUUAGACCACUUGUAAGAAUUGAACAGCCAAAUGACUUACAAGAUCUCCUUGCUCACCAUGAUGCUGUCGUGGUUGGGUACUUUAACUUCUUGGGCUGCUUGGGGGCACCAGGCUAUCAUACUUUUUACAUGACUGCUCUGAAAUACUUGGAACAUGAUUCACAAAGGGAAGUAGCAUUUGCAGUGGUAACAAAUGCUAAUGCAGCAGCUGUAUUGGGUGUUGAAAUUCUUCCUGCAGUCAGUCUUCACCUCUGGAAUGAGACCAAGGAAUAUCCCAGAGAUGCAGAAUUUUCAUCAGAGAUGCUCAUGAAGUGGAUCCUUGAUAAUAUACACCAGGUUUCAGUCUGGUUGUCCCCACCGGGAGUGAAGAGCCUCACUCUGUCACCUUUUGUUGAAGAUGGACCAGUUUUGAUUCUAUUUACACCACGUAAUCCACUUCAACCUCACAACUACUACUAUGAUCUGCUCAGGGAAUUUGGCUUGGAGUAUCACAACUGCAACAACAACACACAAGUUAAUAUGCUGAUAGAAAUACUAUCUGAACAUCAGCAGGAGUCCAAGCAGAAUCUGAAGAGAUCAGUGGUUGAAUGUGAUUAUUGGUUAAAAGUGAAGCACCAUACAACUUCCUGCAACAGUGAAAAACCAAUAUGUGUUGUUGUGAAAUCUCAGUGGCUCAAUCAUAGUUUACCUUUACAUAUUUCUCACCAUUCUGAAGCUGUGGACUACUGCACUAAAACCUGUUCAAAUGAGCCGCAUACCCAUAGCUCUGUUUUUGAAUCAUUUGCAUAUAAUACCUGUGCCCAUAGUGAUAGUGGUACUGGAUGUAAUGAAAAUUAUACUCCGAACAGUGCUCAUGUUGGUGUCAACAAAAUAUUUUCGCAUUUGGAGGAGAAAGUUGGUGAUUGGAAUUUCGUGGGAAGGUUCUGUCGCAACAAGAAAAGCCUUUCUUUCAAUGAAGUCCACCCCAAAUCCUGGGCAGGCCGGAGUGGCCGAGCGGUUCUAGGUGCUACAGUCUGGAACCAGGCAACCGCUACGGUCGCAGGCAGUGACAUCCACUCUGCCACAGAGUUGUACGGUUUCUGGAUGUGGGAGCAAUGCCGCCUCCAGCACUGGGCGAGGAAGUUGCAUCAACCAGUUUUUCCACCUAAAAGUCCUCUGCCAAUCAGUGGAGACUCUCACAUUGGGCUGGCAUGCCGUACCAACCUCAGUCUUUCCCUAAUUGCAAUGGACAGCCUGCAGUACCGUCACUUUGCCGAAGGACUUGGUGUGGGCUCCAGUGUUGAGACAGCUGUUGUGAUCUUUAAUGCAGCUGUAGAAAGUGCAUAUGUAUUGGAAGGAAAACCCAGCAAAGGGAUGAUAGUUGAUUUUGUGCUGAAUUAUACUCAGGGUAGCUUGAAAAGGUCUCUGCGAUCUAGCCCUGAAUUUCACUGUGAUCAUGAUAAUUCUGGUCACGGACAAAAAAUAUGUAUUCCAGAGCUAACUUCACUCACAUUCCAUCAUUUUGUGAUGAAUCCUCAGGAGGAUGUUGUGCUGAUGUACCAUUCACCAUUCUGCGCCUUUUGCCAUAGUGUGGCCUAUGUUUUCCUCACAGUUGCUCGUUAUUUUAGAAGUGUCCCAAGAUUGAAGUUUGCUCGUAUUGAUGGUGAAAAUAAUGAUCUCCCUUGGCAAUUCACUGUUCAUCAUUAUCCAAGUGUACUAUUUUUUCCUGCACACAGGAAAUCGGAGAGUCGUGUAUUCCCGCGCAAUCUGCCAGUAACUGUGCCUAAUAUGGUAGCUUUUGUGCUGUCAAACACAGAAUAUGGCCCACGACGACUUGUAGCAGUUGCUGGUCUAUGUGCAGGCUGGGGAAGGGGAAGAGAUCCUGCAGGAGCACGUGACUGUGUUGCACGCACUCGUAGGGAAAAUUUAGCAGCUCUUGCAGCCACCCUAGCUGAAAUAAGAGCAACACUAAGGCGAGGAGGUGGAGUCAGUGAGACACGUGGUGGCCGCCGUUUACUCCGCCGUUUGCAACAUUUGCGACAUCUGCAUCUACAGCUGGGAGCAGCCGAUUAUGUGACAGAUGAGCACAUUUUGAUAGCUGAAUCUACUGCUUUUCAGGAUAAACUCUGACAGAAGGCUUAGCCAUCAUCAGAGAAAUGGUCUCGGGUUAUUAAGACAGGCAUUCCAGAGUACAUAUUAAGUGGAUUGCUAUCUUUUCUGCUGGCAGUACUAUAGAGAGACUGAAAUAUUAGGAUGUGUUGUUUGUUACUUCUCUGCACGCAUGUAUCUCAAAACAAGUUAUGGCUGGAGAAAAUUUUAACAAUAAGAGAAUGGAAUGAAUUUUAAUGUCAAUGAUGUAUACUGUGAUCAUUGGAGGACAAUUUUAGUGUUACUGCCUUGUGAAAGAACUGUACUUUCAUUGUGUGUGGUCGUCCUGUUGCUAUUUUCACGGUGAUAAAUAUUAGUGAGUGAGUUUAAAUGAUGAUAUUUUUACAUUUUUCUGAAGAAUGCAUAGAGAAUUUACAAAACUUUUGGAAUUCUAUAGGGGCCAAAAUAUCUUAACGUGUUUAAGAUAGGACAUUGGAUUAUAUUGCUAUUGGAGAUAUUUUUUUAUGAAGCGGUACUAACGGGUGCUGCAUUAAUAUUUUUCAUAGUGCUAAUGAACUACGAGGGAUAGACUAAAGUGUUGGAGUGCUAUAUAGAUGCAUUGUUCAGUGAUUAUUGUUAUUAUUGUUAUUUUGUUUAUUAAUUUAUGGAAUGAUUUUAACUUAUUUAUCACAAUAAAUAUUGUUAUAAUGUGA